AUGUCGUUUCUCAUUUUCCUACUUUUAUUUUUUCAAAGUUCAUAUUGUCGAUUAUUUUGUAAUAAUUUCUAUUCAAUCAAAUCUGGAGAUUCUUGUUGGAAAAUAUCAAGAGAUUUUGGUGUGACAGUAGACAAUUUGAAAAAAUGGAACGAGAAUUUGAAUUGUGAUAAUUUAUGGGUUGCUAAUAAGAUUUGUGUUGGAACUUCGGAAAAUCAACCAAAAUGCGUGAAAAAGUAUACAGCGAAAAGUGGAGAUUAUUGUUACAAAAUUAUGAUUGAUAAUAAUUUGACGAGUGCCGAAUUGUUUGUGUAUAAUCCACAUUUGGAUUGUGAUACUUUGAUGGUGUGUUUAUAAUUUGGAAGAGCAAACACAAUACCUUUUUCAUUAAAAAAAUCAUAUGACAUAUUUCUAAAUGGAACUUUUUUCAUAAACAAAACCUUUACAGACAAAAAAAUAAACAAUUCCAAAAAAAGAGUAUUGCAACUUCCCUACUUUCAGAGUGGACAAGAAUUAUGUCUGGAAAUAGAAAAACCAUUUACAAAGCCGAGAAUAUAUUCUCUUCCGAUGAUUGAAAAGGAUCUAGAUAAAUGUGGAGAAUUUGUGAUAGUCAAAGAAUCUGACACUUGUUGGUCUAUUUCAAACGAAUAUGGGUUGAAUGUAACAAAACUUGAACACGAAUACAAGUGUGAUGUACUUUUUGUAAGUUUUAACUUUUGGAAAAACCAACCAGAUAACUAAUUGGAAUUUGUUUAGCCAGGAGAUACGAUUUGUAUAUCAGAUAAUCAAACAUGCCAAUUUCGAUAUCAAAUUAAAGAUAAAACAGAUACAUGUUCAAAAAUCAGUCAAAUAUUCAAAACAACACAUUUUGAGAUUGAAGAAUAUAAUUCGGAUAUAAAUUGUACUUCGGAAUCGCUUGAAAUCGGAAGAAGAAUUUGUGUUUGGCCAAUCGAAGAAAGAGAAUUGGCUAAUAUUACUUGUGUUGAAUAUCAGAGUCGAGAUGGAAAUUCAUUAUUUGAAUUGGCUAGACAUAAUUCCAUUUCUAUUGAUGAAUUAAUCUUUUUGAAUCCAAACUUUGAUCAACAAGAUAAUAUUUGUGUUAAAUCAAAUUCUACUGUAAAAUGCGCCGGAUUCGAAUUCAUCCAACCUAAUGAUACUUGUGAUAUAAUCAUUCAAAGAAAUCAAAUGAGCAUGAAACUUUUGAUGACACUAAAUCCAACACUACGAUGUGAUUCAUUAAAUAUCACAAAAGAAGUUUGUAUUGGAACUGGAUAUUUUGGAGCGAAUGAAUGUAUAGAAACAAUUCGAAUCAAUCCAGAUAAUGAUAGAUGUCACAAAAUAUCAAAUAGUUCAUCAAUAAGUAUUGAGAGACUCGAACUUUUGAACAAGGGAAUCAAUUGUUCCGAUUCAGCAAAACUCAAAUGGUCAAGUCUUGUUUGUAUUUCAUCACUUGGAAUGAAAACUGAAACUGCGCAGCAAACUAUUGUUCAAAAAUUGGGAGCUAUAGAUACAAAUUUGAACAAAAUUUAUCAAGAAUAUUUGAAGAAUCCAAACGAAAUGACAUCGCAAAUCAUGAACCAACAAAUUAUGGAAUCAAUAGGCAACACCAUUGUUUAUAAGAAGUUGAAAGAACUUUAUAAAACUGAUCAGAAUAUUCAAAUAAUACUUGAUAAUCAAUCACCGAUGAAACGAGAUGUUUAUUGUAAUCAAAUCAGAAAAUCAACUUUCAGGUAAUGUCUAGAAGUAAUGUUGAUUAAUAAUAAUCAACAUUACGAAAACUCAAAAUAAAACAAUUUUCAGUGAUAAAAUCAAAAGCUGCUUUUGCUCAUCUGAUGAAUUAUUGAUUUAUUGUCAAGCUCUUGCACAAAAUGAAUAUCUAUCCACAAUAAAUGAUCCAACUAACAACAACGUGUCUUUUUCACGGAACAAGAGAUGUCAAAUAACAUGGCCAGGAAGUGGAUCAAAUAUUUUCGAAAAAGUUGGAAGUGGUGCAUCUGGAUGUUUCGGAGCUGAUUGUACAAUUCCACUUGUAGUAAUCGAAGUCUCAUUCGAAGGAAGUAUGUGUGUUCCACUCGUGAAAUAUUCCUCAGACACUUUGACAACAUGUUUGCAAGAUUCGAAUGAUUGUAGAUCAUCGAAAGAUGUUGGAGAGAAUUAUUUGAAAGAAUUGAGCAGUGUGAGCACAACACUGUCGGCUUCAGUUUGUGUAAUUGGCUCAAAACUUUUGCGAGCUCUCAAAAUUGUAUCUGGAAUAUGUUGGAGUGCGGUUGAAUUCGAAUAUGCACCAUUUAUUGGACUUGUAUCAGUUUCCACAGAAAUAUCUCUUGCGGUUGUAACAUUUAAAUAUGGUGUCAAAAUCAAAGCAACAGAUCUGCCAUUUAGUGAAAUGUGUGAUAUGGGAGCAUUUGAAUGCGAAGAUUAUUGUAAAAUGAGAGCUGAUGAUUGGGAAAAUGGAAAAGCUUAUACACAAUUCGAAGUUCGAAUGUUUCAAUUUUUCGGAUGGAGUGGUGUAUCAUUGUACGAUGAAAAAUUCAAUGAUCCACGAAUUCUUGGUUGUCAAGCUGGAAGUGAAGCUGCCAUAAUUUUAAGAAAUGAAAGAAAUUGUGCAAACGAGAAGGAAAAUGAGAUACAAAGAAGAUGUUGGUCUGGAGAUGAUAACAUUCCAUGGGGCAAAAUGGAAGACAGAAAUGGAUUUUCGUUUAAGCCACAUAUGAGAACCUUAUUUGUUUGUGAAUUUCUGGAUUCAAACGGGCAGAAAAUUGGGUUUGAUGUUUAUGGUGGGAAAUCGAAGCAAACCGGAAAGAAGACUUUUUAUUAUGUGGUUAAGGUGAACUAUGUUUCGUUUUGAAAACAUCAUUUUUAAACUGCUACCACGUGACAAUUUUAUAAAUAUCAGUUUUUUCAGAAUGAUGGGAUAUACUUCGGAAGAAAUUCUGGCGAAGAAAAUGAUCUUAAAGGCGCAUGGGAAAAGCCGUGUAGUGAUAAAAACGAAGAAGAAACAGAGAAGAUUGCCAUAGAACCAACUGGAACUUGUAAGUUUGCACUGAAAAUGCGACACGGGCUACCUAGAAAAUUUCAGCAUCGGUAGCUGCUGCAAGUUGUGGGAAGCGUAUAGUUGGAUAUUAUACGGGAUGGGGAGAUCGUGAGAUAACAGAAGAUCAACUUCGAAAAUUGACACAUGUGAUCUUCGCUUUUGUUGAACUCGAAGGAAACCAAAAUUUGAAAUUCGGAAAAGUUGCUGUUGAUGACACAAGUGAUAAAUCUGAUAGUAGAGCGGAAGCAAGGUUUUUGGAUAUGACAAGGAAAGCUAGAAAAGUCGAAUCAGGUGUGAAUGUAUUGUUUGCAAUUGGAGGAUGGGAUAAUUCACAGUAUUUCUCAUCAAGUUGCUCUAACUCGGAAUCAAGAAGGUAAGAGAUAUAGAAAGAAAAAUAGAUUAGCUGAGUCAAUAAAUUCCAGCCGACUCGUGGAUAAUAUUAUCAAAUUUAUUGAUAUGUAUAAUAUUGAUAGAAUUGAUAUUGAUUGGGAAUAUCCGAAUAUUGAUGGAGCUGAUAAAGAUAAUCAUGUACAAUUAAUGAGAGAAAUUCGUGAAAAGUUAGAUGAUCUUCAAGAGAAAAAAGGAAGAAAACAAAAAUAUUUGAUAACAAUGGCAACAGCAGCUGGAGAAUGGAAUUUAAGAAAAGGAUAUGAUUUUGAUAAUCUUCUCAAAUAUGUUGAUUUUUUGAAUAUAAUGACAUAUGAUUAUUAUGGUGCUUGGGAAUCAAAAUGGGGUGCUUAUACUGGACCACCAUCACCAUUAUAUUAUGGAACAAUUGAUGGAUUUUCGGGAAAACUAAACACUGAUUUUACAAUGAAAUAUUAUUCAUGUAAAACAAAGAAAUCGAAACAAUUAUCAAUGGGAAUUCCAUUUUAUGGAAGAUAUUGGGAUAAUGUUUUGGAUUCAAUUGAUGGAAAAGAUGGAAUGUGGAGAACUGCUGAAGAGAAAAAUGGAAAAUUUGAAGGAGGAUUUGUUGGAUGGAGAAAUUUAGAAAGACAAGGAUGGAAUAAAGGAGCAAGUAUUUGGCAUGAUAAAACAAAAACACCUUAUAUUUUGAAUGGUGGAGCAAGAAAGUUUUUGGGUUAUGAAAAUGAACAAAGUAUUCAAGAAAAAAUCAAUUAUGCAAUUGAUAAAAAUAUUGGAGGAUUAAUGGUUUGGGCAUUAGAUUUAGAUGAUGAUAGUGAUACACUUUUAUCACUUGUAUCAUCUGCUGAUUUAUGUUCUGCUUCUUCAAAUCAAAACCCUUAUAAUUGUGUUCCAAUUGAUGAUGUUCGUUGGUGGACUCCAGAAAAUUCAGAUGAAACAAAACAAGGACAAUGUGGAAAAUCAGCUCCAUUGAUAAAUGGAUAUUAUCCAGUUUGUGAUCCAGAUGAUCCAGGAUAUGCUUGUUGUGGAUCUGCUGGAUAUUGUGGAAGUGGAGAAAAAUAUUGUGAUUGUGAAACUUGUUUGAAUUAUCGAAAAGAUCCACAAUUAAUAUUGAAAGAACCAAUAAAACCAACAAGAGAUAUUGAAUGGUUUACUUCAGAAGAUGGAAUUGGAAAACAAGGAAGAUGUGGAAAAGAGGCACCGCUUUUAUCAAAUGGAAAAAUUGCAAUUUGUAAUCCAGAUGAUGAUUCAAAAUAUUGUUGUUCAAAUGGUGGAUAUUGUGGAAUUGGUAAAGAAUAUUGUGAAUGUGAUGGAUGUGUUAAUUAUAGAAAAUAA